AGGUGCAUCUGACGUGUUUUUGUCUUCUCCCCCCCCUUGGUGAGUGGUGCGGCGAGGCCCUUAGUACAACAACCAGGAGGAGGAGGUGGCAUAGCAGUGCAGAAAAAAGCUAUGAAAUGAAUGACCUGGCACUGCGAGGGUGACGUGGCAGUGUCGACGAGGUAGGAUUCGAAUGACGUGGCACUGUGAAGCUGACAUGACUCUGCGAACCUGUCGUGGCAACGCGAGGCUGACGUGGCAGUGCGAAGCAGACGUGGCAGUGCGAAACUGCCGUGGCAGUGCUGGCAAGGCUGAGAUUGUGAAGCAGGAGCAGCGGCUGAAAAUUGAGAGGGAGAACUUAGAGAAAGAGAAGAAUCUGCUGAUGGGCACGGCAUCGAAGCAGGACAGUCAAGAUGGUGCUUUGGAGAUAACUGUCAGUGGGGAGCAAUACCGUUGCCUGCGCUUCUCAAAAGCAAAGAAGUAGAUGGAGGGGUGGGAGGAGGAGGGGGCUUUGAGAAUGAGGGGCAGGGGAAGGGAGAGAGAGUGGAGGCGAUGUGUGUGGAGGUGAUGUGUGUAAACAGACAGGCAGGCAGGCUGUCCCGUACAUCGUCGUAAAGCUUGCGUGGUUGGUCAGACUGAGUUGAUCUUGACCUCGAUUGGGUGGAAUGUGUGUCUCGAGGCGUGAUGUUCACGAAGGACCCCCCCACACACAAUAUGUAUGCGAGAAGGUCUCACCUUGCGGAUCCAGCGUUGUUGCCCUUCUGCCUUGCCAGAAAGAAGCAGUGCAGGCAUGCUUCGGCCUUGUUCGAAAAGCCCUUCUCCCUUGUCCGAAAGAAGAAAAGGGAAAGAGAAAAAAAAAAAAAAAAAAAAAGAGUACAAGACUACUACAAGUAACAGGGUUUGGGAUGAGUGGAAGCAGCAUCACGAUGUGCAGGGAGGAGCUAUGGAGCAUGUUCUUUUGUCAGGAUCAGCAUCAAUUGAAAUCUCCUCGUGUGCUGAAGGAGGAAGAGGAGGAGGAGGAGGAUGAAAGCAGCGUAUAUGCUCUCUGAGCACAUAAUCUGUUCUGAGCGUAUUUGGUCCCACUCUAAGCACAGCAUCUGUUCUCAGCGUAGAAUUUGCUCCCACUCUAAGCACAUCGUCUGUUCUCGGCGUAUUUGCUUGCAGCAGGAAGUGCCCAUGGAAGGAUGUAGAUUUGAGACACCAGUCCUCAGCAUAGGGUCUGAAGUCUGAGGACAGCAUUCGUUCUAAUAAGCAUAUAUGUUUUGUUCUCAGUUUAUUUGUUUUUCUCAGCAGGAGGUGCCCAUUGAAGAAAGGAAAUGGAUUGAGACACCAGUUCUCAUCACAUAUGCUUUUUUUCGUAGCGUAUUUGUUCUCAGCAGGAGGUGGCCAUGGGCCAGGAAGUGGAUUUUUGAGUGAUCAGUAGCAUAUAUGUUUUGUUAAUCAGCAGGAGGUGCCUAUGGAAGGAAGUGGAUUUGAGACACAGCAUAGGCUGUGAGCGCAGGAUCUGUUCUCAGUGUAAUAUGUGUUGUUCUCAGGAUAUUUGGUUUUCUCAGCAGGAGGUGCCCAUUAGAGGAAGUGGACUUGAGACACUUAUAGUUCUCAGUAGAUAUGUGUUGUUCUGAGCGUAUUUUUGUUCGUAAUAGGCGGUGCCCAUGGGAGGCAGUGGAUUUCAGAUAUCACUUUUCUCAGCAUAUAUGUUUUGUUCUCAGUGUAUUUGCUCGCAUCAGGAGGUGCCUAUUAGAGGAAGUGGACUUGAGACAUCACUUCUCCUCAGUAUAUAUGUCUUGGUUUCAGCGUAGUUGUCCCCAGCAGGAGGAUUUACGCAUCGAAGGAAGUGGAUUUGAGAUAUCUGUUCUCAGCAUAUGCUCCGUGUUCAGCACACAUGUUUUGUCGUCAGCGUAUUUCUUCUCAGAAGGAGGCGCCCUUAGAGGAAGUGAACUAGAGACAUCAGUUCUCAGUAUAUAUGUUUUCGCGUCUCAGCGUAUAUGUUUCCAGCAGGAGGUGCCUAUGAAAGGAAUUGGACAUGAGUCAUUCGAUCUCAGCAUAUGCUCUGAGGCACAGCACCACCUGUUCUCAGUGUAUAUGUUUUGUUCUCAGCGUAUUGGUCCUCAACACAGCAUUUGUUCUCAGCAGGAGGUUGGCCAUGCAAGGAAGCGGAUUUGAGACAUUCGUUGUCAGCAUCUGUUUCUGAGCACAGCAGUUGCUCUCUGAGUGUAUUUGGUCUCAGCAGCAGGGGUGCCCAUCCAUGGAAGGAAGUGGGAUUUGAGACAACAUUAGUCCUCAACACAUAUGCUCUCAGCAUAUAUUCCUUUGUUCUCAGCAGAAGACUCCCAGCGUAUACGCCCUUGUUCCCAGCAUAUAUUCCUUUGUUGUCAGCAGAAGACUCUCAGCGUAUACGCCCUUGUCCUCAGGACAGGGAAGGGAUCUAAACACAAUAGCUCUCCGCAUUUGUUCUCAGCGCGAGGCGGCGGCCAUGGAAGCAAGCGGAAUGGAUAUACAUUCAUUCUCAGCACCUGUUCUGAGCACAGCAGUUGCUCUCUGAGUGUAUUUGCUCUCAGCAGGAGGUGCCCAUUGAAGGAAGAAGUGGAUUUUAUUUGAGACAUUAGUUCUCAGCACAUAUGCUUCGAGCACGGCAUUUGUUCUCAGAGUUUAUGUUUUGUUCUCAGCAGGAGGUGCCCAUGGAAGGAAGGAAGUGUGUUUGAGGCGUUAGUCCUCCUCAACAUAUGCUCUCAGCAUAUAUGCCUUUUUCUCAGCAGAAGGAUCUCGGGGCAAUACUAUACGCCUUGUUCUUUCAGCAGGAGUGUCCACAUGGGAGGACAGGGAUCCAAGACAAAGAUUCUCAGCAUCUGCUCCAAGCAUGGCAUUUGUUCUCAGCACGGCGUUAGUUCUCCGCAUCCAGUCUGAGCACACACACCAGCUGUUCUCAGCGAAUUCUGUCCUUGGGACCUCCAUGCAGCAGCGCUUUUUUUUUCUCCUUCUUCUUGGUCUGGAUGUGGGUCUCGCAUCCUCAUUGCAGCUGUACGUGUAGCAGCACUGUCUUGUUCGUUGAUUUUCUUGUCCGUUGAUGAACGGAUUUUCAAGGACCGCCCGUUGCUUCACUGAGAUGUACCUUCCUGUGGUUUCUUGUCUCUGUGAGAACAUGUCAGCUGUCGGAAGCAGAAGUGUUUUCUAGUAUGGCUUCAACAUAUCUCUAUUUUUAUUUUUAUUUUGUUUUUUUUCCUAAAUUCCUGGCGUCACCACUUCCAAACUCUGUCAUGUGUCAGAAAAACUGUGUAGCUUUCUUGGGUACUAUGUAGCUUCGCUUUUUUUUUUUUUUGGGGGGGGGGNGGGGGGUUGGCGCACUACUUCGCUCUCGGGUAGUAGUGCUUACAGGGGGCACUACUUCGCUCUUAAGUAGCAGUGCUUGCAGGGAGCACUACUUUGCUUUUAGGUAGUAGUGCUUACAAAUAAAGCCACGGGCACUCUCCUCGCUACUUCGCUCUUUCGUAAAGCUUUAAGGAAAAGUAAACAGAGAAAGCUUCCUGUAGCGAUCUGGUGUUCCCUCAUCGUGAGUGUUUUUGACGUGUCAGUUUCUUGCAGCACAAAUUUCUUUGACGUGUGUGUAGGCUUGCCAGCAUCUGGGAUCGGAUACAUGGUGGAAAAUCCGAGUGCGAGAAUGCCGAUAAAGCAAAGCAAAAGAU